AUGCCCAUCCUGGAAAAGGUCCCCCACAAGAUGGCAGCGAAGACUCCGGGUGGUGAGGAGGAGCCUGGGCUGCCCAAGCUGCCAGUGCCCCCACUGCAGCAGACCCUGGCCACCUACCUGCAGUGCAUGCAGCACCUGGUGCCCGAGGAGCAGUUCCGGAAGACGCAGGCCAUUGUGCAGCAGUUUGGGGCCCCCGGUGGCCUUGGCGAGGCCCUGCAGCAGAAGCUCCUGGAGCGGCAGGAGAGGACAGCCAACUGGGUGUCUGAGUACUGGCUGAACGACAUGUACCUCAAUAACCGCCUGCCUCUGCCCGUCAACUCCAGCCCAGCUGUGAUAUUUGCCAAGCAGCACUUCCAAGACACCAACGAGCAGCUAAGAUUUGCAGCCAGCCUCAUCUCCGGGGUGCUCAGCUACAAGGCCCUGCUGGACAGCCACUCCAUCCCCACCGACUGUGCCAGGGGCCAGCUAUCAGGGCAGCCCCUCUGCAUGAAGCAGUAUUCCGGGCUCUUCUCCUCCUACCGGCUCCCUGGCCACUCCCAGGACACACUGGUGGCCCAGAAGAGCAGUGUCAUGCCGGAGCCCGAGCACGUCAUUGUGGCCUGCUGCAACCAGUUCUUUGUCUUGGAUGUUGUCAUUAAUUUCCGCCGUCUCAGUGAGGGGGAUCUGUUCACUCAGUUGAGAAAGAUAGUCAAAAUGGCGUCCAACGAGGAUGAACGCUUGCCUCCCAUCGGCCUGCUGACGUCAGACGGGAGGAGCGAGUGGGCCGAGGCCAGGACGGUCCUCGUGAAAGACUCCACCAACCGGGACUCGCUGGACAUGAUCGAGCGCUGCCUCUGUCUGGUGUGCCUGGACGGCCCCGGCGGCGUGGAGCCCAGCGACACCAACAGGGCGCUCCAGCUCCUCCACGGCGGGGGCUGCGGCAGGAACGGGGCCAACCGCUGGUACGACAAGUCCCUGCAGUUCGUGGUGAGCCGAGACGGCACCUGCGGCGUGGUGUGCGAGCACUCUCCCUUCGAUGGCAUCGUGCUGGUACAGUGCACUGAACACCUGCUCCAGCACAUGAUGGCAGGUGGCAAGAAGCUGAUCCGAGCUGAUUCUGUGAGCGAGCUCCCAGCACCCCGGAGGCUCAGAUGGAAAUGCUCCCCGGAAACCCAGGGCCACUUAGCCGCCUCGGCAGAGAAACUUCAACGGAUAGUAAAGAAUCUCGACUUCACUGUCUAUAAAUUUGACAGCUAUGGGAAAACCUUCAUUAAGAAGCAGAAGUGCAGCCCUGACGCUUUCAUCCAGGUGGCCCUCCAGCUGGCCUUCUACCGGCUCCACCAGAGACUGGUGCCCACCUACGAGAGCGCGUCCAUUCGCCGGUUCCGGGAGGGCCGGGUGGACAACAUCAGGUCGGCCACCCCCGAGGCACUGACUUUCGUGAGAGCCAUGACGGACCACAAGGAUGUUGUGCCGGCCUCUGAGAAGCUGCUGCUCCUGAAGGAUGCCAUCCGAGCCCAGACCGAGUACACAGUCAUGGCCAUAACAGGGAUGGCCAUCGACAACCACCUGCUGGCACUGCGGGAGCUGGCCCGGGACAUGUGCAAGGAGCUGCCCGAGAUGUUCACAGAUGAGACAUACCUGAUGAGCAACCGGUUUGUCCUCUCCACCAGCCAGGUGCCCACAACCAUGGAGAUGUUCUGCUGCUAUGGCCCUGUGGUCCCCAAUGGGUACGGUGCCUGCUACAACCCCCAGCCAGAGACCAUCCUCUUCUGCAUCUCCAGCUUCCAUGGCUGCAGAGAGACCUCUUCUUCCAAGUUUGCGAAAGCCGUGGAGGAGAGUCUCUCCGACAUGAGAGACCUCUGCAGCCUGCCGCAGCCUGCCGAGGGCCAGCCUCUGGCGACAGCCACGAAACCCCACCAGGAGCAUCAGCCUUGACUCCUGCCACUAGACCUCACCUCCCCAAGCCCAGCCUCCUGCAACUCCAUACCCUGCCAAAGCCCUGCUACAUCCCUCACCCCAGCUUUGCACUGUCAGAGUCCUCAGGGCCCACCGGCAGGCCACAUAGCCACA